CCUGGCCACAGGGGUCGCUGUCUCCCAUGUUGACGUAUGACGUGGCAGGUUGUACGCCAUCACAUUUCGUCGAACAAGAUGAGCGACCAACUCUUCCAAAUCACCACCCGCAUCUGGUUUUCUCACACUUGCUAAAAGGAAGCCGGCUAAUUUCUUCAUCAUCGUGAGCUUUUCUGCUUGACGUGACAGCCGACCCCCUGUCGACAUUAUUGCGUUAAAUUGAUGCAACAUGAGGAAAGUGGCUCUCCUGCUUUCAACCUGUGUGCUCUUCUUCCUCCUCCUGAGCACCUGCCGAACAGCCAGACAAGGUCAAGACAUCCGAUGUGGAGCUUGCAGGGCCCUGGUGGACGAGAUGGAGUGGGCCAUCUCCCAAGUUGACCCCAAGAAAAUGAUCCAGACAGGCUCGUUUCGAAUCAAUCCAGAUGGUAGUCAGUCCAUCAGGGAGGUUCCUCUGGCACGCUCUGAGGGAAACCUCCUGGAGCUGUUGGAGAGCGUGUGUGAGAGGAUGGAGGACUAUGGCGAGCACAUAGACGAUGCCACCACCAGGAAGUCUUACAUUAGGGUCAAAUCUCGCAACGGUGAGGCCAUGGACCUCUCAGAGGCAACGCUGGAUUCAAGAAUCACCAGCAGUUUAAAAUUUGCAUGUGAGGCCAUUGCUGAGCAGCACGAAGACGAACUCAUCGAAUUCUUCUCUCAUGAGACAGAAAAUGUCAAAGACAAACUCUGCAGCAAGCGAACAGAUCUUUGUGACCAUGCUCUGAAAAUCCCACACGAUGAACUUUGAUGUCCUCACGCCAUGGCGGCCGUCUCUCUUCAGCUGAUAAUGGCCGGCUCACGCCAUGGCGGUGGCGACGGAGGCGAAAAUAUAGUCAUGUCUAAAAACUGCACAGAUUCCAAAUGUUGAGAAGUUGCUUUAGUCAUGGAGUAUAAGGGGAUUGGGUUGACUUUUUGUUUUUAGUACCAUUUCAUCACCCCUUAUAUCUCUACCUCACAUCAGCAUUAUCUCUUUAAUUAGAUGAGCACAUUAUUUUGACUGUGAAACUGUUCAAACUUAGUUGCAGGAUAUUUUAUAACGUAAAACCGCCUGCUUUAGAAUGCUUAUAAAGAAAUAGGAGAGGAAAUAUUACGACCCUUUGGAUAAAUCUGCUUGACUGUUGAAUAUGUUUCACAAGUGUUCACACCCACCAAAUAUUUUGCUGUCAUUUUUCUACUAUUUUCAAUUGUAUGAACCCAAUUUUUGUAUAAAUGUCAGAUUUCUGCAUCUGUUUUUCCUCCAUUAUUGAUAUGCAAUAUUUUAUGAAUGCACUCUUGUCCACAGCUCAAUUGCUUUACUUCUUCACAAGCCCUGCCCAAAAUAUCACCUCAACACGUCAUUGCUCACAAAUGCUAAAGGUUUCAUUGAUACGAUUCCUUAUUUUCUACAGCUCACCCUCUAAUAGUUACUAAAAACAACAUAUUACAAUUAGCCAUGUGGCUUUGAUAGUUUAUUUCAAAUCUGUUUUGAUGACAUGGAUAUCAUUCUGAAAUCAAAUGUGAUUACAAUCAGAUAAACUGCAGAGAUGGAGAAUAACACAAACACUUAUAAUACAAGAGCAGAAUAAAAAUUGAUCAAACUAAUAAUUCACAUUUAUAUUGACAAUGUCAGGUGGUUAUUACUGGAGCAUAAUAUUUAGAUGCCAAGCAUCCAAAUAAGGUGUCAUCAAACAUCGGAUUUGGAGUAUUUCAUAUUUUUUCGCAUGCGUCAUUUUAUGGAACAUGUUUUAUGAUUCAUUCCUUUUUGAAUGUGUAGGUUGAGGUCGAAUAAAACCACAUUGAGUAAAUC